AUGUCUUCAGAAGAUAAGUGUCUAGGUUUCGGUGACUUACAAAGUUACGGCAACCCUGUUCAAGAAGCAACACCAAUCGAACAGAUGGUUAACGAAGGAGUACGUUUUACUCAAGCUUAUUCUGCAGACAGCAUGUGCUCGCCCAGUCGAGCUGGAUUUAUGACCGGGCGUUUACCUAUCAGACUUGGAGUGACUGGAGGCGCCCGAGUUUUUCUACCACAAGACAUUGGUGGUUUACCAAAAGACGAGGAAACGAUUGCAGAAAUGCUUAAAAAAUUUGGAUAUUACACGGGAAUGAUAGGAAAAUGGCACUUAGGAAUUAACAAAGAUAACUCUUCUGACGGCAGCUAUUUACCUUCACAGCGCGGAUUUGACUUCGUCGGUUUAAAUCUCCCGUGGACGAACGCUUGGGAAUGUGAUACUUCUCAAGAUUUUGUUCCUGAGGGUCCAAAUGGAACAUUGUGUUUCUUGUAUGACGGUGAUCAUAUUAUACAACAACCAAUUCGGUUCAAUGAUCUCACAGAUCUUCUCGUAGACGAUUUUCGAUAUUUUCUAGAAACUUGGUUGGCAACAGACAGCGAUAAGCGGCCAUUUUUCUUCUACUUCUCCUUCCCUCACGUUCAUAGUGCUCAGUUCGCCAAUAAGCGAUUUUUCGGUAAAUCCGUUCGAGGUUUAUUUGGAGACAACUUGAGAGAAAUGGCAUGGGCAGUUGGUGAAGUAUUAGACAGAAUUAAAGCCGCACGCAUCGCUGAUCGAACUUUGGUAAUACUGAUGUCUGAUCAUGGACCACAUCAGGAGCUCUGUUUGAAUGGCGGCAGUACAGCUGGUCUUAAAGGAGGUAAGUCAAACAGUUUUGAAGGCGGCUUUCGUAUUCCUUUUGUUUCCUGGAUGCCUGGCACUGUUAAAGCAGGAAUUACUUCACAUGAAGUCGUCACUUCACUUGACUUGUUUCCUACCUUUGAAUACCUUGCCUCUGGUGGACAGAGCAGUUCUGAAAAGAGACGUCGAAAAAUAUACGAUGGUGUCAACAUUUGGUCUCAGCUUAAAGGCAAACUUUCAAGUCAUAAGAAAAGAGAAAAUGAACUCCCGUUGAGUAUCAAACGGCCAAUCUACUAUUAUUGCAACGAACAUUUGAUGGCGAUACGUAUUGGUGCAUUCAAGGUACAUUUUAAAACAUCUCCAAUUUUCAAAAAUACCUCUGCUGAUAUGUAUUACGACACAUACUGUCCAAACGGGAAACCUAUUGACGACUGGUAUGUCUUACAAAGAUGUCCAGAAGAUAAGCUGCAAGUUCACAACCCUCCACUCAUCUAUAAUUUGAAUCGGGACCCGUAUGAAGUUUAUCCGAUUUCACCGCUACAUCCAGCAGGCAGUCUGGCUAAAACAGCAGCAGAAAAACUUCGGAAAAUACACUUAGCUUCCGUAAGACCAGUCAAACAGCAGCUGGGUACUUAUUCAACAGCAGUUCUUCCCUGUUGUGAUCCUCCUGCAUGUAAAUGCGACAAGUUGACAGAGUACCGUAAUCCGGAAAGACUUCAGAGGUACAGAACUGAGUCAGUGGACGACUUUAAUGAGAGUUUUGAGGAAUUGGCAUUGAUGAACCGUAUAGCAUCGGAAGUCUCAGAUAAAAAAGAAGGAUAUGAAGGAUUUUGUGAGGAGCAUGGCUCUAAAUGUGUUUGGCGUAUAGGGCAACAAUUAAGCCUACGUUCAGCAUGCGAUCUUUGA